UGCGGAGGAGGCCAGACGGCGCCUCGCUGGUCGCGCGGUCGGCCAUGGGGGCCGCGCGCAAAGCGCUGCUCGUGGGCGCAGUGUUGGGCGCUGGGGCCGGUGUGGGCUCCGCGCUCUUUGUCCUCGUGACCCCGGGAGAGGAGCAGACGCAGGCGAUGCUGAAGGCGAUGCCGGAGCAGGACCCUCGGCGCCGGGAGGAGGCGGCCAAGACCAAGCAGUUAGUGCUGGCCACUCUGCAGGAGGCAGCGACCACGCAGGAGAACGUGGCCUGGAGGAAGAACUGGAAUGACGGCGGCGGCGGGAGGUCAGGGUGACCCGGGACCUGCCCCCGUGGGCGCUCGGGAGUCCGAGGCAACCUUUCACCUCCGUGGGCCGGGCGGGGAGUCCGGACCCAGGAUGCCACGCGCGGCCUGCGGAGCUGGGGCCCGGGGAGCACGUUCCCCCGGAACCCAGCACUGACUGCGCUUUAACGCCCACAUCGCGGGCGGGGGCAUCGGAUGUAGCGAACUGAAGGAACCAAUAAAUCACGUUCUUCCGUGA